AUGGACUUCCUUGUGGUGCAACCACUCCGACGAGAUGCAAAGGAGCACCAUUGCUUUCGAAACGAACAGUACUUCAUCAACCACCUCUCGCACCACGUUUUGUCGCUCCAUGACUUUGGGGGGCCUGAAGCAGUGAUUCGAGCGAUGAACGACAAGGAAGCGUCGAUUCAGCGACCGAUCCAUCUCAACAGCAUGUCGUCACCCAAAGAGAUAAUGGAAUGGGAUUGGAAGCAAAGUUUGGGAAACAACCAUGCCCAGCGGUAUCCCGACUAUCUACUAACUUUCUUCUCUAACCAAGUGGCCGCGCAUGGAGCGACUGCGACCCUUGAACAUUAUAUUUUCUCUCGAGAAGCGAAUGAGGGCGAAACCUUGACGUUAGCGAGGUUCACGAGUCGAUUAUUGCAUCCGCUUAUCCAGGCUGGCUUUGGCAUUGAAUUUGGUCAAGAUUUUAUGGUUGCACAGGGAAUCGCCCAAGCAGCCGUAUGCUUCCCUGACGCUUCUAACAUGAUGGACAAGCCGCACAAUACGCCCGCCAUUAUAUCUGGUCCUGAAUGUUCGCUGUUGUCUCUCCUUCGGGAUGUAUACGACUCGCCCUCUCUCGUACCGCUUCCAUAUGAAGGACCCAGCACUGAUGCCGAUCGUUUUGUCGAGUGGAUGUCGAUGGACCCCAAACGCGACGCAGCACUCCGUUCUAUCUAUUCGCAAUGGUCAUUCGAUUUGACUCUCAUACGUCGAUGGGACCGUGUUUCUUAG